AUGAAAGAAACAAAAAUGAGCAACCACCUAUCGGGUGGACGACUUAACGUUUCAAUAUUGCAAGAAACUAUGAGAAAGGAACUAUUAAAUCUUUUGCAUAUUUGCGAAGGAUCUAAAUUGAUAAUAUGGGAUGAAUGGCUCGCUAACCCUGUAGGUCUUGUGGCCCAGUACUCUUUGUUAAUGGAACACGAAGUGGCUGAUAUAUUUCCACUAAAACCUGGAACUUUACCUACAAUUUCUGUGAAGCACAUUAUAUUUAUAGCUCGGCCUAAGCUGGUAUUAAUGGAUUUAGUCACUGAUUAUAUACUUUCCCUCAGAAACAAACAAAGUACUUCAGUAGAGUUCCACCUAUUCUUUGUACCAAGGAGAAGCGAGUUGUGUGAAAAACAUCUCAAAAAUCGAGGUGUUCUGGGAACACUUUCCAUUGAAGAGUUUAGAUGUGAUAUAUUUCCCUUUGACAGUGAUGUAAUGUCACUGGAACUACAGAAUGAUUUCAGAGAAAAUUACUUGGAAGGUGAUCCGACUUGUCUGUAUAACGCAGCUCAAGCUAUACGCACCAUCCAACAACUAUAUGGAAUAAUACCAAGAGUUUAUGGAAAAGGAGAAGCUGCUAAACAAGUAUGGGAUCUUCUCUGUAGAUUGAAUAAGGAAGAGCAGGGUAGUCCAAGAGGAGCUUCAACUUCUUGUAUUGAUCAGCUAUUGUUGCUCGAUAGAGCCAUAGACUUCACUAGUGUGAUGGCCACUCAACUCACAUACGAAGGACUUAUUGAUGAGUUGUAUGGAAUAAGGAGUUCUACUGUCACUUUUCCUGGUCACAAGUUUGUUAGCCCGGAUGAUGCUAGACCAGAAGUAACAGCCAGAGAAAAAAAGAGAAUCAUACUCAACUCAAGUGAAGAACUAUUCGCUGAGCUGAGAGAUUGUAACUUCACUGCGGUAGGAGCGCAAUUGUCAAAGAAAGCAAGAAUUAUCAAGACCCAAUUGGAUGAAAGACACAAUGACAAAUCAGUUCAGGAGAUAAAACAGUUUGUUUCCCGUCUGCCACAGAUGUUAGCAAACAAACAGUCAUUGGCGACACAUACAGCUAUAGCUGAAUACAUUAAAGAAACCACAGAUUCCUUUGAAUUCCAUGACACCAUCCAGUGCGAAGAAGACUUUAUAAAUGGCAUCGACAAUGACAAAGUGUGCCCAUUCAUAGAAGACCUCAUAGCACAGAAGGCGCCUUUGACUAAAGUACUUCGUCUGAUCUGCCUCCAAUGUGUCACCGGUUCUGGUUUGAAACCGAAAGUAUUAGAGUACUAUAAACGUGAAUUGGUCCAAGUAUACGGACUCAGUACCUGGCUGACGUUAUGUAACCUUGAAAAAUGUGGGCUUUUAAAGGCGCAGACAGGACCACGACAUUACACUGUUCUAAGAAAGACUUUACAUCUUACUAUGGAGGAAUUUGAGAUUGAAGCGAAAGAGAAGAGUUAUCUUUCCAGUAAAUACAUACCAUUGACUGUCAGACUCAGUGAACAUAUAUCCAAAAAUAAAGGAUGGUCAGCUAUCGCUGAUGUUCUGGGUUCGCUCCCUGGACCUCUGUUAGAGGAGCUGCAAAGUCUACAGCCGCGUAUGACUCGUCGGAACUCAAUUUCUAGCGAGAAUUCUUCGUCAAUGGAAAACGCUAGGGUUGUUUUGGUUUUCUUUAUCGGUGGUUGCACCUACCACGAGAUAUCAGCUUUAAGAAGUAUCAGCCAGCAAGAAGAAUCUAAUGUGGAAUUUGUAAUACUUACUACCAAAUUGAUUAAUGGCAACACUUUUAUGGAGUCCCUGAUGGAAGAUUAUUAA